AUGCCAACCUUGGAUGACAUUUUAGAGCAGAUUGGAGAAUUUUACUUCAUUCAGAAACAAGCCCUCUUUGUCUUAUGCCUGCUUUCUUCUACCUUCGCUCCUAUUUACAUGGGGAUUUCCUUCCUGGGAUUCACCCCUGAGCACCAUGGCUGCAGCCCUUGCAUGGCUGAGCUGAGCCAGCAGUGUGGCUGGAGCCACAGUUCCCAAGUGGGGCAGCUGCAUAGGAAGGACCUCAAGAGAGAUCUCUUCUACUUCUCCUCCAGUCCCAAAUCUGUAUUAAUGUUUAACCUGGUGUGUGAGGAGUCCUGGAAGCUGGACCUCUUCCAGCUGUGUGUGAACAGUGGUUUUGUUGGCUCCAUAAACAUUGGCUACAUAGCAGCAGACAGGUUUGGCCAUAAGCUCUGCCUCCUGGUCACAGUCGUCAUCAGUUCGGCCUUGGGGGUUCUCAUGGCCUUUGCACCAAGCUACACCUAGACAUUAAUCUUCUGCCUUAUACAGGAACUGGACAGCAAGGGAGGCUAGCUGACAGGCUAUGUCCUCUGUGCAGAAUUUGUCAGCUAAAACCACCAGAGGGCAGCGGGCAUUACUUACCAGUUUGCCUUUAGCCUGGGACUCAUCCUCACUGCCCUCUUGCACUGGAGGUGGCUCCAGCUCAUGGUCACACUGCCCAGUUUCUUCUUCCUGCUCUGCUAUUGAUAUCUGCCGGAGUCUCCCAGGUGGCUUAUAGCUCAAAAGCAAAAUGACAAAGCUAUGGAAGUUAUUAAUCACAUCUCCAAGGGAAAUAAGAAAAAGCUACCUCUCUCUUUCCAGAAUCUCAGCUCUGAAGAUGAAGAUGGAGAAAAGCUGAAACCUUCAUUUCUAGCCCUGAUCAGGACACCUCAGAUGAGAAAACACGUGUUCAUUUUGAUGCACAGCUGGUUCACAAGCUCCACCAUCUACCAGGGGCUUAUCAUGCACAUUGAAAUAGCCUCUGGGAGCAUGUAUCUGGAUUUCCUCUGUUCUGCUCUCGUCAAGUUCCCAGCCACCUUCAUCUUCAUGCUAACACUGGAUCACAUUGGCCAUCGCUGCCCCUGGGCUGUGGCAAGCAUGAUGGCAGGUGGUACCUGCCUCGUUACAGCAUUAGUCCCAAACACUCUUUAUUGGCUUAAAAUGACUACCGUUUGCUUGGGCAGGAUGGGAAUUACCAUGUGCUAUGAAAUUAGUUGCCUGGCAAAUCCUGAGCUGUAUCCAACAUUUCUCAGGUAAGCACACCCAUUUCUCAGGUAAGCACACCAUCUUCUGUUGGCUGGUAAAAGCACUGGGUAUUUCUCUGGGAGAGACCACAAGAGGCCAAUUCAAGACUGUGGAUGCAGCUGAGGAGCCUGUGGCUCACGCACUACCCUGGAAAAGGAGUUUGCAUUUUAAAAUGCAAACUUGAAAAGGUGGAGGAGAGCUGCUGGGUGGGUCAGCAGAAAUCUACUGCCUUCCCUUUCCCCACUUCUGAACUCAGCACUGAGGCAGCAGGUUUUUGAGGGGAUGUGUAAGAAACCUUCCCAGACACCCUCCACUCUCCCCUUCCAGUGCCAUUCAGUGAACCAGAGGCACUAAA